UACGAACAAAUGCACGCCUCUGAGAGGAAUAAUAUAAAUAGACAAUCAAAGUUCAAAACUUGUGGCCCUCUUUCAUUUUAGUCUCAAAAAAUAUAGGAUAAUUCAAUUAAUGAUAAUUGUUUACUAUUACUAAAUACUUUGCUAUUAAUGUUGCUACCUAAAUGAGUUGCUACCCUGCGGCCUCCAACAGAUCAGAAACAAACUGUCUUUUCGAAAACAUUUGAAAAAGAGAUUUUUUUGAUCUUGUGACUCGUUUAACUAAUGCCAUCAUGGCUACAUCUUCAAACUUAUCCUGCAAAGUAUCAUCAAAUAAUGUCAGCUCAAGAACUGGAAGCAGAGUAAAAGCAGGAGAAGUUAUUAUUUCAUCAUUUCCCUUCAUUCAAUUGUUGAAGGAGGAUAGUAAAGGGAAAUUGUGUGACUUCUGCUUUAGAAGUGGAAAAGUGCGCAAGUGUACCGGAUGUGCUGUGGAUUUUUACUGCAGCGUGCCAUGCCAACGGAAAGAUUGGAAAGCGACUCACAAAUAUGAAUGUUCUUUACUGAAGAAACUUCAGCCUCAUAGUAUAACAGGAACUCCAAGAAUGUUAGCUAAAGCCAUAAUUUCUCUUAAUAAUGGUGGCAGGAGUGUUACUGAGAAAAUUGAUGACAAUCUCACUCGGAGUUUUGGUGACUUGAUGACACAUGAAGAGUGCCUGCUGCAGAACAAUGAACUUGCUGAGACGUUUGGAGUUUUGGAAAAAAUGCUUCGCUGCUAUUUUGGAACAGAAAUUUCCUUCAACACCAAUGAGUUACUUUCCAUUUAUGGCGCUCUGCUGGUGAAUGGCUUUGGUGUGACCAACUGCGAAAGUGAAGAGAUAGGAAGUGCUCUCUAUCUUGCUGCUUCUAUUCUCGACCACUCGUGCCUGCCCAACGCCGGAGUCACCUUUGAUGGAUCCCGCAUUGUUGUCAGAGCAUUGCAAGACUUCCCUAAUUUCCAGUGGUCACAGAUUAAUAUCAACUACAUUGACGGCCUGACCUGCAGAGAAGACCGACAACGGAGCUUGCAACGAAGUUAUUUCUUUGAAUGCCACUGCCAGAGGUGCGUUGAUCCUGAGCACAAUGAGCUGGAGAACUCGUUUCUGUGUGGAAACGACUCGUGUGUGGGCGUGUUGGGCGUUGGAGUGACGACCAUUGCCAGAUGCGCAAGGUGUGGUUUUGAUGGCUACUCUGAGUGUGCUGUGCAGUACUGGAGGGUAGUUGCCAGGUGUCGCCAACUGCUUCAGGAUGAAAUGGGAAAUGAAGUCAAGUGUUCUUUAGAUGCUGCUACAGACCUUCUCCUGGAGCUGUGCUCUGUUGGAAAAGUAGCAUCAAGAAAGUCAACAAAAACCCCCGUGGACCAGUCUCUGGUGAGGGCUAUCCAAGGCUGCGCACUGCAUCCCUUCAACAUAUGGCGCGUCAAGGCUGUAAACGCGGUCAACGAGGCUGCCAUUGUCGAGAAAAAUUUCAACCUGGCCAAGGAUGUUGGUCUCACAAACGUUGAUGCAAUGAGAUACUACUACGGCAAGAAUCAUCAGACAUACUCGUUCUUCCUAGCAAAGCUGAGCAAGCUGUGCGUGUACUGCAACGACCUGUACAAGGGCGAGGAGCUGCUGAAGGAGGCACAGGUCAGCGUCCGGGUCAGUUACGGCGACCAGCAUCCGAUUUAUCAUUCUGUGUCUGAACUGUGCCACCAAACCAGGGUGGAACUGGCGACCUUGGCAGUUCCUGCAUUAAAAACGUAAAGCUAUGCACUGCGGCGAGAGCGUGCUGGAAUUUGACGGAUGAACCUUGCUCUAGACCCACGAAAUCUUCGCUGCAUUGAGACUGUUAAAUCAUAUUACACUGGGAUUAGACCCUUGAAUUUUGUGGUGGAAUUAGACUGUUGAAGCUUGUACUGAAAUGAGUCUAUCUAAAUCUUGCUCUUACGUGAGUAUGUAAAACCUAGUCCUGAAUGAAAGUAUGAAACCUAUAAAAAACGGAGCCUGUGAACCACGCCUAUAAAUCACUUGAUUCAUGGAUAUGAAAACUUUUGAUCGAUCAGAGACAGCGUCUACAUGGUGAGGGUCAGACAGAUGACACAAAAAUGCAAAGACUGACUAAAAAAUCAAAGCUUGAUGAUAUUUUAUUCCCAUGUCUUUGUAGGAGGGAAUUAGUACAGAAGUGGGCAAUAUGAGAGUGUCUUUGGAUUACAGAUUGUACUCACAUAACGCAAUACGUUCAUUCGAGUAACUAUUGUAAGCAUUUCUGUCCAGACACUUUACUUACCCAAAAAAGUAAUAGCUCUGAUAGUUGUGGAGGUAGAAUGUUACAAAAAGAUUUCAAGUCUCUAAAUUAUUUUUGAUUAGAAUUCGAUAGUACAUUAUUCUUUGACUUCGGUUCGACAAUGACUACCUCGAUUUUUCUCCUUAUAAACCCGUGUGCGUGUUUAAACAAAUAUAAUUAUUCGACCAUGAUUGGCCGAAUUUCUCUAGUUUCAAGUUCAAAUUGUUAGUAAUUCCAUCUGCGGAGUUCUACCUAUUCUGAAGCUGCAAGAAAGCAUCUUUUCCUUGCUAAUGCACUUGUUGCUUCCUAUGACUCGUGUAUCUCGCGCGCCGCCGUGUAUUUUGAAAAGCUUUUGCAGUAUCUUGUUUCGAAUUAUGUUGUGUUGUUUCGUUCUACUUGUGGUAGACGAUAGUUUGGUUGGACGAAGAUUGUUCUGUUUCUAUUUUCUUCGGUUGCACUCAGUGUCGAAUGCCUUUAGGUAAGAAAAUCUUCAAUGCUCUCAUGACUCAUGAGACUAAAUUGUGAGGAAUUGACAAUUGUAGUAUUCGCUGUACAAGCACAUAGCAUGCAGCAGAUUUUCCCCGUCAAAUGCUCUGUUGGCCCAAUAGCUUUGCAAGAGAAUGUAUGGGGCGGUGAUUUAAUUGAUUGUGUUUGUUAUUUUUCACCUUGUCCGCACAGUUAUUAAGUAAAAAAGACAAGAGUAGUGUAUGACUACUAUUCAGCGUUGGUCUAAACUUGUCAUUUGUAAUUUUAGAUCUAAUUAUGCCCUAGUUCAUGCAUUUAGUGUUGAGUUAUUUCCAUGAAAUGCGCCCUUGUUUCAAAGGUUAUAAAUAGUUAUGGCUGUCUCACUAUUCGAAUAUGGAAUAUAGACUAUAAUGCUAAAACUUACGUUUGUACGUCAGAGGACCGUGAUCAGAAACGAAUGAAUUAAUCGUAAGUCGUGAUGACAUUUAUCAUGGCUGCAGGAAAAAAUUUUCCAAGUAAACAGUACAAAGUAAUCUGAUGCUUACAAACUGAGACAUGAUUUGGUUCAGUUAAGUUAUAGUUCGAAAUGCCCUCCAAGCACGGCGAGUGUGAACGACAUUGCAUGCUCACGGUUGGACUUGUGUACUUUGGCAGCGACAGCAGAUAAAGUG